CUCACAGCUGUUCACUAUAAGAGGCUCAGUGCGCCUGCGCGGGAAAGUAAACUUCCUUCUGGGAUCUCAUAAAAUGGGAAUAUGAGGAUUCGUUGGUGCUUCUGCAGGUCUUUGGGCCGUGUGCGGACACACUUCAUCAUCGCCUCUAUACUGUUGCUGCUUCUGGCCGGAGUCUCUCUGACCUUCUUAUUGCCUAAUAAUGAGGACCGCAGCAUUCUCCUCAAGCUCCGUCAGAGCUCCAACAACUCACUCACUCUACUGGACCCCGAGGAUAGUUUUACUAUAAUUAUGCAAACCUAUAACCGCACUGAUAUUCUCCUCAAGCUCCUCAACCAUUAUCAGGCUGUGCCUCACCUGCAGUGCAUCAUCAUAGUGUGGAACAACCCUAGCGAGUCGCCGCCCAGGGAACUGUGGGACGCCCUCGGCCCACACCCUGUGCCCAUCAUCUUCAAAGAGCAGAGCGUCAACAGAAUGCGCAAUCGCCUGCAGCCGCACCCCGAGAUCAAGACUGAUGCUGUUUUGAUGCUAGACGAUGACACGUUGGUCAGUGUUCCUGAUAUCAGCUUUACAUUUUCUGUCUGGAAGCAAUUCUCAGAUCAGAUCGUGGGUUUUGUUCCUCGUAAGCAUGUGAGCACAGCAUCCGGAGUGUACAGCUACGGCAGCUUUGAGCUUCAGGAUCCAGACAAAGGUGGAGGCGACAGUGUGUUGGGCAUGUGGCACAGAGCGGAGCACAUGCUGCAGCGCUCCUACUGCCUCAACAAGCUGACACACAUCUACGGCAACAUGCCGCUCCGCUACUCCAAUAUCAUGAUCUCACAGUUUGGCUUCCCCAGCUAUGCUAAUCACAAGAGCAGGAUCUGAUGUCAGCACAUUUAAGAGACAGAUACGAUCUGAGUUCUGAGAUAUUAGAUCAACUUUUUUGGACACAUACCAUGUCAAAAUGUAUCUCAUCCAAAACCCGUUUGACUGAAUAAUUUUGCAACAGUAAUAUUUUCGACAUUCACUGAUGGUUUAAUAUACACUGAUGGUGGAGAUAUAUAAUUUUUUUUUUUCAUUUUCUAAUAUAUUUCCUUGCUGUUAUUUGUCUUGUAUACCUCACAUAUGUUCAGUAGAUGGAGUGUGAAAUUUAGUGCUCCAGCUUUACCAACAUAGUAUAAUGUAGAUGAAGGUGGUUUUUAACACUAAUUAUUAAGCUGUAUUAUUUUGAGUAAUAAAUAUUAUUAUUAUUAUUAUCAUU